GAUCACAUUGGUUUUAAGUCAAAAAUACCAUGUGGGUUUGUUAUCAAGUUGACAAAAGGUAUUUUCAAAUAUAGUUGAAAUAAUAUGGAUUACGUAGUAGGCAGUGUCGCUGCCUUGAUUUCAGGUAAUGUAACACCAAAUCGCCCCAAGAAGUUAAAAAAAGCCGGUACACCUAUGAAACAUCAACCUUCGCCCAAUGUGACACCAAAGAGUGAAUUUGUGGAAGAUAGGUCGAUAUUUCUAUCACCGUCGAUGCAAAAGAAAAAGGCUAUAGUAAAAAAAUCACCCAAAAGAAUAUUCCAGAAUCCAGAUUUGGAUGUUACUAAAGAAGAUGACGGUAACAUAAGUUUGACAAGCCCUAAGGCUGAUAAAGUGAAAAAACAUCUUAAAGAAGAGUUAGAGGCUAAUUGUACAGUAGAUCAAGUUAUGUUAAGCCCUAAAUCACCGGAUAGUGAGCAAGAAAAUCUUCGAUCACCUUCAUUGAAGAAAAAAAUGAAAGUGGAUCAAACCGAAAGCAAUGCCAAUACAAAUGAAAUCACACCCAAAAAAAAGAAAAAACAGCGCAACUCAAUGGUAGAAUCUCAAUGUUUGUUACCGAUUGACGAAAACGUAAUAAAAAAUAAUGAUGAAGAAAAUCUAACAAAAAAUACAGAAGUCACUCAAAAUGAGAGUCCUACUAAGAAAAAGAAAAAAUCCAACUCUGUAGCAGAAGAAGAAAUUGAGAAAGUACCUGAUGCAAACACUCCCCAAGAUGAAAAACAGAAAAGCAGAAAGAAGAAAAAGAAUAAACUCCCUCUAGAUCCAGCAGUAACUGAAGUGACAAAUCCAUUAGAAUCAAAAAGCCCAAAAAAGAAAAAUAGAAAAAAUAAAAACAAAAAAUCAAAUGGCACCAAUGUUGAAUCUAAAAAUAUUAACUUAAAUGCAGUUUCUGAUAAAGAUACUAAUGCAGAAGCCAUACAAGAUAAACUAGAAUCAAAAGAUGUGACAAAUGCAUUAGAAUCACAAAGCCCUAAGAAGAAAAAUAAAAAAAAUAAAAAUAAGAAAUCAGAUGACACAAACAUAGAAUCUGAAAAUGUAAAUAUUAACUCAAAUGCAGUUACUAAUAAAGAUUCUGAUUCAGAACACGAAUCGGAUAAUGAAAUAGAAUCAGAGAAUGAGGAAAUCAAUAAAAAAGCCCUUGAGACAGCUCCCGCGGAAGAUAGUUCAGAGGAUGAAGCAGAAAAGCCUGUAAAGCCUAAAAAGGUGGAAAAUAAAAAAGAAGUAAUCACAGAAGAAGAAAUCAAGAGGACAAUUUUUGUAGGCAAUGUUCCCUUCAGUAGUAAAUGUAAGAAGGAAAUCAAGAAAAUCUUCAGUCAGUAUGGUCAGAUAGAAACAGUCAGAAUUCGCACGGUACCAGUUAAAGACGCAAGAGUGACACCCAAAAUGGCUGUGAUCAAAAACGAACUGCACCCUGACAGGAGUACAGUGAAUGUAUAUGUGAAAUAUGCUGAUACCGCUUCCGUUGACAAGGCACUAGCAGCUAAUAAUACCGUGCUCAAUGAGCAUCACCUUCGUGUGUCUCGUAGUGAUACGACGGGGGCAGCUCAUGAUCCCAAAUGUUCAGUGUUUGUUGGUAACAUACCAUUUGCAUUGGAAGAUGAAACACUUAGAGCAACAUUUGAAAAGUGCGGUGAGAUAGAAUCAGUCAGGAUCAUUAGAGACAAGAAAACAAAUGCUGGAAAAGGUUUUGGUUACAUAAAUUUCUCAUCGAAAGACGGCGUAGAAUUAGCACUUGCGCUUACAGAUGAGGAUCUUACAAUAAAAAAUAGAAUUAUGAGAGUGAAGAGAUGCACUCAAGCUGAACAGAGGAAGACAGGGAAACCUGACAGACGAAUCCAAAGUCAACCUCCUGGAAAUCAAUUUGGGAGAGGCAGGUUCCCUGACAAACAAAGUGAUGAAAAGAAUGGCGGUGCAUAUAGACGAGUAAUGAACAAAAGGAGACAUCAGGAUGGUAACGAUGGACCGCCGAAUAAGCGCCAGAACAUGAACCAGCCUUAUAAAGAGAAGAAAACGAGGAAGGAGUUUGUUGGAAUUACAGCAGAAAAGAAAAAGAAACAAAAAUUCAACAAGGGAUUGAAGAAGAAGAAAGCUUUGAGUGAAAUAUUAACAAAAAAGUAGUUUUAUCUACAUUUGUGUGAUAAUUGAUACGUAUUGUAAGUUAUUUUUAUGCUAAUAUUUUAUCAUAAUAAACUUGUUAAUUUGAC